GGUAAAUUGGAUAUGUACAUAAUCCCAGGGUUCCUGGUAGAACAUGCCCGAUAGGUACCUUAAUACAUAAACUUACACUAAUACUUACAACGGCAAGUCCAUCCAUCUUACAAUCACUUUGCAGACCCGAGUAAUAAGGGAAAUAAAGGAGAGAGAAGAAGAAACGGGGAAAAUAAAGGAGGAACAAUACCAGAACGAACCCGAGAAUGGCCUUUCUCCCACCCGAACAAACCAUCUUGACGGGUUCCUGCCUGUGCACCGCAGUCGCCUACACAAUCACCAUCCCGCCGCUCGCCUCGCGCCCGCUCUUCCCCAACGCCCUCCCCACCCCAGUCGACAACACCACCAGCCCGCCCACCAUGGUCGACACGCGCCUCCCGCUGAUCGACAUGGACCAUUGCAACAGCUGCCGGCGCGCGUGCGGCGGGCUGAUCCAAUGCUGGCUGAUCUGCCCUCAAGACUGGGUCGAGUUCCGGCUGCUGUCUCGGCAAGAAGAAGGGCACGCCUCAGUGGCGGAAAGGGAGGCGUACCCCACCGCGAGCGUCGUGUCGAACCCGUCCAAGGAGCUGCUCGAGCGGACCUAUCUGGGGCACUACUCGUCCUCGCCGCAGGUGCACCGGUGCUUUUGCAGCCGCUGCGGGACGGGGCUGACGUGGUGCACCUCGCGCGACAGGGGGCCGAAAUGGACGCUGGGAGCCGUCGUGGACAUCGCGGUCGGCACGCUGGACAGGGCGAGUAUCGAGCGGGUGCGCGCCGACAGGCACAUGUGGUGGGAUGACGGGGUUGAGUGGGUAAGGAGGAUGGUCAGUGAGGGCGAUGGCGGGUUGAUCAAGCAUCCGACGUAUCGGCUUGAUGAAGAGGUUGCUCCUGUUGCUGGUGCUUCGGCGGGUGUAGGUAGGGUUGGUUGAGGGUUUGAGGUUGAGGCGUGAACGCCCGCGUGAAUCGGAGGAGGGCUUGGGAAGUCUGGACGGUUCGGUUCGGCAGGGAGAGUGGACGCUGGCUUCGUUCGGUCAAGGGACGAUGGCACGCAUGCAUUGAAGCUGACUGAGUCCCGUCUGGAAAUGGAAUAUGGCUUUUGCAGAUUGAGAUCAAACUCUGAUCCUUUAAAGAUGCAAGCUACCACCCGAUAAUUAUUCAACAAUGGCGUUGGGAAAUAUUACUCAGUGUGAACUCAGAACCU